CGGCGCCUAAAGAAGAAGGAGGAGCGCUGUCAUGGCGGCCAAGGUGGUGAUGGUGGCCGUCCCGACGGUGCUGGGCAUAGCCUCCAUUCGAGUGUACACGGUGAAGGAAGUGUCCGCUGAUGGGCUUGUUACUCGAGAAAAGCUGAACAUCUACAACCCGCUGCCACCAUCCACUCAGGUUCACUUUGUGCCAGAUAAGCCUGGCGUCAUUGAGAGCGGCUUAACGACAGCGAGAGAGAGUAUACUACCAUUUGUCCAUACUGUCAAGGGAGCCUGUGUCUCUGUGAAAAGGGGAAGUGUAAACCUAUACCAUGCUGGAGAGGAUUUGUACUAUUACUUGAAAGACCCUCCCCCGGGUUUCCUACCCAGAUUUGGCACCAUCACCAUAGCCGGCCUGCUUGGCAUGUUCUUGGCACGGAAAGGCUCUCGUUUUAAGAAGUUAGCGCUUCCACUGGGCCUGAUGACUGCAGGAGCAUCAGUGUGCUACCCAGCCCAAGCAGUGGCUGUGUGUAAGGUGACAGGCAAGAAGGUGUAUGCUGCAGGGCAGUGGAGCAGCGCUACAGUGUCUUCACUGCUUACCUACAUGUCCCAGGAGCCGGUUGCUAAAGAGAUUGCUGCUUCAAAACCACAGGCAGCCACAGUGCCAAAUCCAGAGUCUGCAGUAGUUGAAGAGGCUCAGUCUGCCGCCUGCCAUGCCUCAGAGCCCAGCUCCACCACAGACGACUCAGCCCAGAGCACUGUGCUCUCUGAGACUGAGGUGCAAUCAGUUGAGUCUGUUCCUGUCUCUGAUGAGCCCAUUGUCAAUGGAACAGAAGAAGUAUCAUCAGUAACACUCACAGAGAUUUCCCCAGACCAGCCCCCCACAGAGACCAACACAGAUCUCGUGGUACAGUCGGUGCCAGCAGAGACCACUCCUCCCUCUGAACUACCUGCCCCUGUUGAAAGCGAGGAGCCCCCAGCCUUAAAACCAGCAUCAGAGGAAGUCUCCACUGAAGCCAGUGCAGCUGAGCCCACACCGAGCUUAGAACCAGAGACUGUAGAGCCUGCACCAAUCGAGUCUGCUUUAGCUGAGCCUGCUCCGGUCGAGUCUGCUCCAGCUGAGGCCGCCCCAGUGGAGUCUGCUCCGGUCGAGUCUGCUCCAGCUGAAGCCGCCCCAGUGGAGUCUGCUCCGGUCGAGUCUGCUCCAGCUGAGGCCGCCUCAGUGGAGUCUGCUCCAGCUGAGCCUGCUCCGGUCGAGUCUGCUCCAGCUGAAGCAGCCGCAGUCAAGUCUGCUCCAGCUGAGGCCGCUCCAGUCGAGUCUGCUCCAGCUGAGGCCGCUCCAGUCGAGUCUGCUCCAGCUGAGGCCGCUCCUUCAACUGAGGAACCCCCUGCUCCAAAGACCUCAGAAGAGCCAGCAGCAGUGGCAGUUGUCGAAUCAGCUGAUCUUGAAUCUGCCUCUGAACCUGAGCUCGUUGCUGCUGUGGAGGAGGCUCCAACUCCAACACACACACCACCACCACCACUACCACCUCUUGAACAGCCUGCAGCAGAUAACAACAAAGGGGGCUCUGGUUUCAAGCCAGACCCAGCUCUCAUGGACUUUGGCCAGUCCAACCCGGAGGAUGAAGACCUGUAUAGCACACGCAGUUGAGAGACCACAGUGGACCUCAGGAGAAAUCUCAUUCCCACACUGCCAUCAGAUUAUAUCUCAUUCAAACUGACAAAACACUCUCUGUAUCCUGCAAGUUCCAUCAUGAAAGGAAGAAGGCGUAGUUAAGAAGGCUUUAAUCAGUUUUUCCGUUUCUCAUUUCUUCUGCCCACAUCUUUUUAUUUUUUUCAAGAUCCAGGUACAUUUACACUAAUGAGAAUGCAGCAGAUUCCAGUAUACGGAUCUGGGUCAGUUUUGUAUAGAAAGCUAGAAGACUGGAAAAAAAACACCUACAAGUUUACAAGUCAUUUAAUUCACAGCUGGCAGAUUGUGUCAUUUUCUCCUCGUCUGUGUCGUUAAACAGAUAGUGGCUUUUUGUGCUGCAGUUGUCACAGUCAUGAAUGCAUGGUGCUUUUAUUUAUUGUAAUUUAGCCCAUCGCGUUAGUAAGUGAGAAAAUAUCAUGCGUGCUUAUGAUCAUCACAAGAUGAACGAGUGCUGUUUCAUUUGUUACAUCAAAGUUUGUCUUCCUUGUUGAUUUAAGAACCCAAAUAAAUCUAUAUUUUUCAUGAAUUCA